AUGGACCAGUUACUCUCAUCGUCAAUAUCUCAUGAGAUUCAAGUUUCUAAUGAGAAAUACAUUUCACUUUCUGAUGGUCGUCAAUUAGCGUAUACCGAACAAGGUGAUAUUGAUAGUAAUAAAAUUUUUAUCUUCUUUCACGGAACAUUUGGUAUUGGUGAUUCCUUCAAUGAGACGAAGUUUUACAAAGAAAUUGGAUAUCAUUUUAUUAUGCCUACACUUCCUGGCUGGGGCAAUAGUUCUCCAUGGCCGCAAAAUCGACCAAUUUCAAAUUAUCCUAAUGAUAUUCAUCAAUUGUUAUCAUUGUUGAAGAAAAAUAAUAAUGAAAAUCUUAGAAUUACUGUUGCCGGUGGUAGUUAUGGAUCUGUUUUUGCUCAAAUAUGUUUUGGCACAUCAACCGAUAUAAUGCCUGAAAUUACCAAUGUUCAGUCGUUAAUUAUCUUAUCUGGCUUUUCCCCAUUCAAAUAUCAUAAAGAAUAUACUACGGGAAUGAGUUGGUUAAAUUAUUUUACAGUCGGUAUGCCAGCUAUUUAUUUUCCUUCUAUUACAAAAUUAAUGGGAUCAUAUAUUCAAAAGAAAACCCGUAAUAUUGAGGAAGCCAAGGGAUUUUUGCGAACACAACUGUUUGAUCAAAUGGACGACGAGGAAAAGGCUAGCCUACGUAAAUGGGAAGAAGAGAAAAAUAAGCCGUCAGGCUGGCUUAUUCAAAUGAUGUCAAGAAAUAUGUGUUUAAGUAUUUCUAAAACAAUGGCUGGUUUCAAUGAUAUUCCGCGUGUUUUACAUUCCGACUGGGGUUUUGAUCCAAAGAAGCUUCCAUCAUCACCAAAACGAAAAGUAUUGAUUAUAACUACACAUGAAGAUAAAAUGGCUCAUAUGGAAAUGUCAAUGUAUUUAGUUGAAAGCUAUCCUAAUGCAGAAAUUCAAAUACUUAAUGGAGGUCAUUUAGGUGCACUUUUUGAAUUUGAUACAAUUGUGAAAAAUUGGUUGACAAAUCUUGACAAAGAAUAUAAUGAAAGAACACAAAUGGAUUGA